AUGCUGCGCUGGGCGCUCAAGCCCCUGGACAACCUCAUGUUGGCCAGCGCAUCUCUGAUCGGGACGGCCAUGGUGACACCGCGGAUUCUGCUCAACCUCUCCUCCAUGCCCGCGCAACAGGCGCUGUCCAAGAUGGAGGUCUGGCGAGCCUGCGCUGCUGCACCACUGGGCACGUACGCCUUCCUGGGUUUGGUCCAUGCCGCGGCCCCGUACACGGCCAGUGUGCAGCCCAUCCUCACCCGCAUGGAUGAGGUGGAGGCUGAGGGAUACAUUGUGGAACAGCCGUGGCUCCGUAACCCCUUCAACUCGGUUCAUGCCGUUGCUCUAACAAAUCUGGGUGAGUAUGUCUCGGGCAUCAUUGUCACCUCUGUCAUGGAGCAGCGCACGUUGCAGCACCCCGAUCUGGCGUGGCGCGGCAUCGUCACGGCUCUGGGCACAACCUAUCACAAGAAGGCUCGUGGCAAGAUCCGCGCCGUGGCUACCCCGGCACCUUUGCCCACGACGGUGGGCCUUCAUGACUACACGGUAUGCAUCUGUCCCGGCACCUGCCUGCACGUGUUCCCCCUUCUUCAAAAUCGCCUGCAGAUCGGCUCAUCCUUACCUCGGACUGAUCAGGUCGAGUCGCUGCUCUACAACAGCGCCAAUGAGCUGGUGGCCACGACCACAGCACAAUGGACCAUCAACGUCUCUGAGAAGCGUUUAAAGAAGCAGUAG